CUCGGGAGCCGCGGGCGUGCCGGGCGGCCCGGAAUUUAUGAAUAUUUGACCCGACUCAAAAUGUGCAAAGAAGAAUAAUGGAAGCCCCUGAAUACCUUGAUUUGGAUGAAAUUGACUUCAGUGAUGACAUAUCCUACUCAGUCACAUCCCUCAAGACCAUCCCAGAACUGUGCCGAAGAUGUGAUUCACAGAACGAAGACAGAUCAGUUUCUAGCUCCGGCUGGAACUGCAGCGUCACCACGCUCAUUACCAACGCGCAGAAGCCCACGGGAAUCGCAGAUGUGUACAGUAAAUUCCGCCCCGUGAAGCGCGUGUCCCCGCUGAAACACCAGCCGGAGACUCUGGACAACAACGAAAGUGAUGACCAAAAGAACCAGAAGGCGGAGUACCAGAAAGGGGGGGACACUGACGCAGACCCCCAACCCGAAGAGCUCAGCCCCGGAGGAGAGAGAGAGGGCGGCCCCCAGAGCAAGACCGCGGAGCCCAGCGCCUUGCUGGGCGAACUGGAGCACUAUGACCUGGACAUGGAUGAGAUUCUGGACGUGCCUUACAUUAAAUCCAGCCAGCAGCUCGCCCCUUUCCCCAAGGUGCCUGCAGAGAAGAGAAUUUUGGGCUUAUGCACAACCGUCAACGGCCUCUCUGGCAAAGUCUGCGCCGCAGGAAAUGCUGAGAACUCACCGCCCAACACCACGCCGUUCUGUGUCCUGUCUCCCGUGAAGAGCCCUCACGUGAGAAAAGCGUCCUCUGUCCUCCGCGACCAGCCUAAGCUCUCCCCCGAGGACGCCGCCGAGGGCUCGCCGCCGCUGGCCAAGUGUGGCUCUGCCUGUGAGCCUGAAAGCCAGAGCAAGGACUUCCUCAGCAAGGCCUUCGGCGAGGCUCGCGGCCGAAACGUGGAGAAGCCCCGGCCAGACUGCCAGCUCAGGGCCUGCCACCUGCAGGCCCCGGCAGCAGAGCCCAAACUGGAAGAGCAGGUCGGCGGCCUGAGCUGGACCAGCUCCCAAGGCCCCGAAGAAAGGAGUGAGUGUCUGCAAAAAGUAAAGAGCAUCUUGAACAUCGUUAAAGAAGGACAGAUCUCUCUCCUGCCACACCUAGCUGCCGACAAUCUAGACAAAAUUCAUGACGAAAGUGGAAACAAUCUCUUACACAUUGCUGCGUCGCAGGGCCACGCAGAGUGCCUGCAGCACCUCACUUCUUUGAUGGGAGAAGAUUGCCUCAACGAGCGGAAUGCAGAGAAGUUGACUCCAGCGGGCCUGGCCAUCAAGAAUGGUCAGUUAGAGUGCGUGCGCUGGAUGGUGAGUGAAACGGAAGCCAUUGCAGAACUGAGUUGUUCUAAGGAUUUUCCAAGCCUUAUUCAUUACGCAGGUGGCUUUGGCCAGGAAAAGAUUCUUCUGUGGCUUCUUCAGUUUAUGCAAGAACAAGGCAUCUCGUUGGACGAAGUGGACCAGGAUGGCAACAGUGCAGUUCACGUAGCCUCUCAGCAUGGCUACCUCGGGUGCAUACAGACCUUGGUUGAGUAUGGAGCAAAUGUCACCAUGCAGAACCACGCGGGGGACAAGCCCUCCCAGAGCGCAGAGCGCCACGGGCACACCCUGUGCUCCCGGUACCUGGUGGUGGUGGAGACCUGCAUGUCACUGGCCUCUCAGGUGGUGAAGUUAACCAAGCAGCUGAAGGAACAGACAGUGGAACGGGUCACACUACAGCACCAGCUCCAGCAACUUCUAGAGGCCCAGAGAUCCGAGGGCAAGUCACUCCUUUCUUCACCCAGUUCGCCAUGCUCUCCUGCUUCCAGAAAGUCCCAGUGGAAAUCCCCAGAUACCGAUGAUGAGUCUGUAGCCAAAAGCAAACCAGGAGUCCAAGAGGGGAUGCAGGUCCUUGCAAGCCUGUCAGCAUCCAGCCGGGCCAGAGCUAAAGCAAAAGAUGAAGAUUCAGAUAGAAUCCUUCGCCAGUUAUUGGGGAAAGACAUCUCAGAGAAUGUCUGCACCCAGGAAAAGCUGUCCUUGGAAUUCCAGGAUACUCAGGCUUCCUCUAGAAAUUCCAAGAAGAUCCCUCCGGAGAAGAGGGAACUGAAGUUAGCCCGACUGAGGCAGCUGAUGCAGCGGUCACUGAGUGAGUCAGACACAGACUCCAACACCUCCGAGGACCCCAAGAGCACACCCGUGAGGAAGGCCGAGCGGCCCAGGCCACAGCCCAUCGUGGAAAGUGCAGAGGCCAUAGACAGCGCGGAAAGCUUACACUUGAUGAUCAAGAAACACACCUUGGCGUCAGGACGCAGGUUUCCUUUCGGGAUCAAGGCCUCCAAAUCUCUGGAUGGCCACAGCCCAUCUCCCACCUCAGAGAGCAGCGAACCAGACUUGGAAUCCCAUGGUCCAGGCUCAGGGACCACUCCCCCAAACCAGCCCUCUGGAGACCCCACUCUGCCCAGCCCUGACAGCACAGCUGCCCAGAAAGUGGCCACGAGUCCCAAGAGUGCCCUCAAGUCUCCGUCCUCCAAGCGCCGGACAUCUCAGAACUUGAAACUCAGAGUCACCUUUGAGGAGCCUGUGGUGCAGAUGGAGCAAACUGGCCUUGAACUCAAUGGAGAGAAGGACAGAGAUAAGGGCAGGACCCUCCAGCGGACCUCCACAAGUAGCGAAUCAGGGGAUCAGCUAAAAAGGCCUUUUGGGACUUUCCGAUCCAUCAUGGAAACACUCAGUGGCAACCAGAACAAUAAUAAUAAUUAUCAGGCAGUCAACCAGCUGAAGACUUGCACACUGCCCUUAACCUCACUUGGAAGGAAAACGACAGACGCCAAGGGAAACCCCGUAAGCGCUGCUAGCAAAGGAAAGAAUAAGGCGGAGAAGGCCAGCAGCUGCAUCAGCCUUGCCUCUAACACGCUGACUGAAGAGCAUCUGCAUAACUGCACACGGCAUAAUGACAUCAAUAGAAGAAUGAAGAAAUCCUACAGCGUAAAGCACAUUGCUGAGCCAGAGCCAAACGAACUCUUCUUGUAAAUCACUUUUUUACCAUCGCUGCCCUCUGGACACCAUUGGAAACUGGACUCUCCUCUGUGGAAAUAGAACCAUGGGAACAAUGCCUCGCCAGCAGCAGAAUGGAGUUUCAGGGUGCCUUAAAUCUAUAGAAGACACAUUUUGGGGGGUGACAUUUGUAUAUAUAACUUGUUUUUAAAGAGACAUUCACCAAGCCACUGACACCGUUUUGUAUUUUAUCAAUUGCAUGAGUGUUUGCUAAUGUUGAUUGAACUUCCCUUUCCCCAUAAUAUGGGCAGUUUGGGCUCGGCAUCUCAAUGAGACCAGGCCAGUGAUAUUGUUUUCUGUCAAGAACAUUUUUCUGGCAUUUCUACUUUUUGUAUCAAGGAAAUAAAACAAUGUUAACAGCCACCUAUAAGCUGGGGACACCUACUUUCUAAUAAAUCUCUGAUCUGAUUUC